AUGGCUGCAACAGUUUCACUCUCUUUCUCCUUAGAUAAACAACCACAACACCACCACUUUCCCCACUUCAAACCCUACCAAACUCUUCCUUUCACUUCUUUAUCUCUUUUCCCCAAAGACCCACUUCUUACUAUUGCUCACAAACACAACCACUACGCUUUCAAAUCGUCUUCUUCUUCCUCCCACUCCACUCCUUCAACAAUAGCAACAACAAGCUCUUCUUUUCUCAAAGACGCAUUUCGAACAGGUCGGUUUAUAAGCAAUGAAGAGCUUGAAAAGCUCAAACUCCUCAAGGAUUUCAGGUAUUAUCAGGAACUGGAAUCUGGGUCAUUGUGGAUUCAGAUGAUGAGGGCAGAGGAGAUGGACAUCACAGUUGCUUUGCUCCGUUUAUUUGAUUUAGGGAUUGGGUUUCUUUUGGUUGUUGGGGUUUGA